AUGAACGUGAAACUAGUGCUUCUGGUGGCGAUUGUUGGCCUAUUGGGCGAAUCAACGAAGGCCCAACAUCGUCAGGUCGGUGGUGAACCCGUGGUCAUUAGAGAUUACCCGUUCGUUGCGGCCAUUGGGUACUUGCAGGAGUACUGUGGCAACGGAGCUAUCAUCCAGCGGCGAUGGAUACUGUCAACAGCAAGCACCUUCUACAAGCAACCGUACUGGCAGUACGAUGUGGCGGUGGCCACAGAUGAUUACCGUGACGAUCACAAAUGGUACGAGGUGGAUAAGGUCUACACACCCUCGGAUUGGGUCGGCUGGGACCACAACAUCGCGCUGGUAAAGCUCAAAGAGGACCUCGUGUAUUCGGUUGUCGUCCAGCCGAUCAAUAUGGCCGACGAAGACUGGAUCAGACCACUCGACGUGACGAUGCUGUCGUUCGGCACCAACGAAGACUUUACGUCUCAUCUCCGCGUGGCGACCUACACGCUCACGACGGAUGAGAGCUGCCUCGAUUGGAUCGACGAAGCAUCCAGGAAGGAAUCCAUCUAUCUGGGACACGCUUAUUGUCUGAUUCCACCCGAUUUUACUUCUCGCGCAGUGUACUAUAACGACGUGGGCGCUCCGGUCGUUAAGGAUAACAAACUAUACGGGUUGCUUGCGUACACCAAGCAUGAUGGGGCUCCAAGCGAUGUAGCAAUCGUGACACGGGUUCCAUUUUUCAAGUCAUGGGUCGAAUCUAACAUGAUAAGGCUUGGUUGA